AUGAAGUCUAACUCUCAUGACAAGUUAUUCCACUUGAAAGAAUACAAUUGCAAUAACAUUAGACGUGAACUACGUGUGAAACGAGAUCCAAGUACCACUGAGAUGGAUUCCUUACAUAGCAGCAUCGGUGCUGUACAUUCCAACUGCAUACGUAAGAUUCAAGUAACAACGAAGGAAUGCGGCGAACAUCUGAAGGUUCCUUCUAUAACACAACAAAUAAUCUGCAAGCAAUUCACUGCAACCAUGAACAUUCUCUCAAACACUAACACUCAAAAAUUAACUUUAAAUGCUUCUCCAUACAUCAAUUCAAAGGAAAGAAUUGAUACAAUCAAUUUCGCUAUGCACUGGUUGAAGAACUCAACAGCACAUUUAUUACCAUUCCUGGAUACCAUACUAGGACCACUCCAUGUCAUGACACUGUCACCAAAUCAACUGAUAGCACUGAUACGACACCUUCGACAUCUCUGUCAAGAAGUUCCCUAUUUAGCAGACAGUGUGAGUACAACGGAAUCAGAGUGUAAAGAUACGGAAAUUAGGAGUUCCGAACUGAAUGCUUUGAAGUACAUUACUGAAAUCAACAAAUUAUCAAGUCUCGAGGAUCUAAUUAAGAUAUAUCAGUCCACUAAUGUCCACACUCAUACCUUUACGCCAGCCGAUGACAUCUCUGGACAACGACAAAUUCAUGCUUUCCCAACAAAGCACAGAAUUUCACAAGGACAACAAUUCUUCCAAUAUUCCGAUGACAUAGCCGAAGAGAUGGAUGGAAUGAGGGAGCGUUGUGUGCUUUGUCCGGAAAGUCUACUGGAAGUCGACAAGUCUUCUGAGCAAUUCCAUGGCUUAUUAUUCCCGAAAAGGAUGCGAUUAGCAGCUGCAGGGACAUUCGAUCAAAAAAGUAACGAUACGAUGAGGCCUCACUCAAACGAUUUUCGAGACUUCAGUAGUACACGGAAUCAGUUCCUCUUAAGACAGAGUGAUACCAUGACGGCAGCAAGUGCGGAAGAACGGACAGUUGGACGGAAUGCCUUUAGCAGUGACAGUCUCGCUGCAAUUCAGGAGACACAGAAUCUAUUCUCGGAUAAAUUCACCGGGAGAUCUCGGGAAAUGAUCCGACCGUGUGCUUUUGAGCCCGGAACUACCAACAAGUUUAGUCAGACACCAACAUCACUUUCAAAUCAUCCGAGAAUUGCUGAACAUUCACAAACUUCUAUUGGAGCAGGAAUAAAUUCAUUGUCACCGUCUACGGAAACUAUCAAUCGAAAUUUGCAUGGUGUUGAAAGUAUUACAGACAUUGCAAAUAUACCAAAGCAAUUCUACUGCAAAAAAUAUUUCACACCAAAUCUGAAUCAUUAUCGAGGCGGUGGUAGAGCUAUCUAUAAUCUAACAGAACGAAUCAGACAAGCAAAAGAAAAAUUUAUUGUUCAGGUGGUUUACAAACCAUGA